CAACUGAAUAAUACCAGCUCUUUUUACAACGUUUACCUUUACAAAUUUGCUUUGCGAUUAGAUUAACGUCAUGGUCCUUUUGUAGUUCAACCCGACCAUUAGUGAAAAUGAACGCGUUUGGUGCUGUCGUGAUCGCCUUGGCUUGGAUCAGCGUGGAAUCGUUCGAGCAGAGGCUCAUAGGUGGGCAAAAGGCGAAGAUUAGCGAUUUUCCGUUUUACGCCUCGAUUCGGAUCUACCCCAACAGGUACGCGUGCGGGGCUGCGAUCAUCGAUCGAUUUUGGGUUAUGACAGCAGCUCAGUGUGUCUACAGCGUUCACCCCAGCAGUCUGGUGGUGGUGGCCGGUACGUCCUCCUUAAACGAAACGGGUGACCGCUACGGCGUCCAUAGCGUUCACGUUCACCCCCUCUUCAAUGCCGCCAUGAAGACUAACGAUACAGCGCUGCUGAGGCUUACCAGGAGCGUGGUUUACAGUAAGAACGUCUCGUCGAUCGCGCUGGCAACCGACAGCCUACCUGGUGGUAAGACACUGGAGCUCUGCGGUCACGGUGCCACCCAGUAUCCCUUCACAAACAUGUCCGUUCCUCUCAUGUCGGUCGAGCUCAAGUCCAUAACCAACGCGCAGUGCAGCGCCGCUCUUAAUCGGCCGAUCACCAAGUACAACCUAUGCACGAAGGGCAAAACCACUAAGGGCGCAUGCGUCGGAGACGUCGGCGGUCCCUUGACGAAGCGAGGCGGUGUCUUUGGGACUACGAAACUCUACGGAACGGUCUCGUGGGGUUAUCCGUGCAGUCAGGGCAUGCCCGAUGUGUAUUCGUCCGUUUUGGCUGCAAGACCGUGGAUCCGCACCAUUAGUGGCCUUUAAACAUGAAUUUAUUUAUCAUUAAAAUGUAACUGCAUUGUA